GACUUGAGAGACGACUAGAGAGGGAAGAAAAAGAAAAGGAGGGGUGUGCAUUUUCUGCAUACUAUUUAUAGAGUCGAGUUUGAUUUUUAUCGUCGGCGUUAGCGUCUGAAAAAGUCGCCAGUUUUCGAAAGCCUUUGUGAUGUCCCAGUUGACGUGUGUUCUUUAGUCCAGUCGCUUCCACCAACCGUUGUUCUCGCACGUUUAAUCAAUCGAGCAGCCGACCACACAUCAGCGUUUGCAGUUGAAAGACAUUUGAAAACAGGACAGGAGCUCAUGUUCCUUCAAAAAUGCUGUCCAUGGAGACGGCUCUUCCUUCACCCAACUCAUCCAUUGAUGUUGACAAACCACGAGCUCCCAGGUUUGAGGCCUAUGUCAUGACCGGGGACGCAAUAUUGAAUCUGUCCAGGAGUACGUCACACAGUCCAGACUACGUCUUGCCAGUUCAUUCCAAAAGAAGAUCAGUCCAACAGCAGCCAUCCAACUCGGUACCAACUAGCCCAAGCGAGCAGACACCUCGUCCCAACAAACCUUGGGAGCCUGAAACUCCUGCCAAAACCCCUGUUCCUGCUGCUGCUCUCGUCAGGAAUUCUAAAUCUGAAGAGGCACUUGUUCUACAUAUGGAAGAAGAUAAAUCCAGCAAGAAAACGGUAGAGGAAAGAACUUCUUCCCAAACUGCAUUGGUGGAUGGAAUUACAGAGUCUGAACGAAUCGUAUGGACUUACAACGCACCUCUCUCAAGUAUGACGGAGAAGGAAUUACGCCGAUACGAAGCAGAUCAGUUCUGGCUCAGCACAAGAACUGAGUCAUCAUCCAAACAAACCAAACAGAUCAUCAAACUGGAAGAAACAAAGGAAGUGAGACAGGAACAUGCUACUACUACAACAAACCAAACUACUACUUUCUAUUCAAGUGAGGUGGCUGAUACAAGAUUAGGUUGUGAUACCCAAAGUGGUCCUCCAGCAGUGGCUUCCGUAGUCGUUGCUCAAGAGCCAACAGUAAUAACAUUAGAGCAACCGGAAGUGGGACUAACUAAUGUCGAAAUCCAAAAAGACGAAGAUAAUAAUCCGGUCAAUAGUCCCAUUCGACCUCCGCUGACCCGAACACCGACCGACGAAGAAAGCGAUGCAGAUAGUCUGCAAUCGGUUCAUUACAGCCCGAAAGGUGUCGAUAUGCCAUCGGCUAUCCGGCUGGCUAAACGAUUGUAUUCUCUGGAUGGGUUCCAAAAAUCGGAUGUCUCGCGUCACCUAUCCAAGAACAACGAUUUCAAUAGGACUGUUGCCGAAGAGUAUUUGAAACAUUUUGACUUUGAAGGCGCCACGCUGGACGUGGCCCUGCGCCGUUUCCUGCAGGCCUUCCAGCUGACGGGCGAAAGUUCAGAGCGUGACCGCGUCCUGGUGCAUUUUUCCCGUCGUUACCUUCAAGCCAAUCCAGACAGUUUCUCCUCUCAGGACGGAGUUCAUAUCCUUACCUGUGCUCUCUUGCUGCUCAACUCAGAUCUGCACGGCAAGCAUCAAGGUAUGAAAAGGAUGACUUGCGCUCAGUUCAUCAAGAGGCUGUCGGGUCUCAACGAUGGUGGCAAUUUUCCAGUUGAUCUCCUCCGUCGCUUGUACACAGCCAUAAAAGAUCAACCGUUGGAGUGGGCCUCUGACAGCCCUCAAGGACCUAGCCCAGGCGACUUGGAGCCCUUGGAGAUUAUUCCCUCUCCAGCAGCUAAAGAACUGUCUGCCAAUCCAUAUUUGGACAUUCCGAAUCCAUCACAAAGCCAAGAGUUCAAAAAGGGCUACAUUAUGCGCAAAUGUUGUAUGGAACCCAACGGCAAGCGGACUCCGUUGGGCAAACGUAGCUGGCGGAUGUUUUUCGCAGUGCUAAAAGACUUGGUCCUCUAUCUCUACAAGGAUGAGGCCACUUGCAAAGGUGAACAUCCUCCCAAACCGUCCACAAUGCGGUCCAAGAAAAGCGUUCCCGAUGCUGCUCCGGCCGCCAUCAUUCGCGUCCAUCAUACUCUAGCUGCCAGUGCUCCGGAUUACACGAAAAAGAAGAACGUCUUCCGACUGUUCACCGCCGAUCGCGCUCAGUACCUUAUUCAGGCCAGCGAUACCAAAGAGUGGCGUUGUUGGAUGGAUGCUCUGAACACUGCAGCCUCUCUACUUUCCUCUCCUCCAUUGGCCGCUCCGUGUGGUUCUCAGCAACGUUUCCAGCGCCCUUUACUUCCAGCCAGCUUGACAAAAAUGUCAGCCAGGGAGCAGUUGUCUGAUCACGAGGAGCGUGUCGCUCAAUUGGAGCAAGAUUUACACGAGCAUCGAGCCAAUCCGCCGUCGUCCAAAGCGAAAUCCGUAAUCGUCGACAAUUACAAAGAGAAAGACGCUUACUUGCACUUUGAGAAAACCCGUUACGAGGCUUACAUAGCCGUUUGCGGUGGACUCCAAGCUGCAUUGGCUGGCAAUUCUACUGUCAGCCGUGACAUUUCUUUACUGGAAUUGGACGAGUCGCCCUGUUCCGAUUCGGGGACAACGAGUCCCGAUUUGAAAUCGAACGACCGGGAAUUUUCCGCGCAUUUGUAAAAUUAUUGAAAGAAGAGAAAGAAGCGAAACAAUCCAGGAAAAAACAUUCUUGACCCCGUUCCCAAAAA